GCAUGGCACAAAAGAGGACAUUGCAGUCUUUGUCCCGUAACAACAGCCGUUUUGUAAGUUGAAGCACUUGCGUCGAGAAAAAGUCUUCUAAAGGGAAGGGGGUGUAGCCACUGGCAAACAGAACUGGCACUGAUCAAAGAGGGAGACAGAAGCAGUUGGCAGUUGUGCGCAAAAAGAAAGAGAGGUGACUUUUUCAUGUUGAGGUUGUAGUGAGGGAGUGAGCAAGGGGAAAGGGGAGUUCCCCUCCUGGUCGACAUUCAGCAGGCCUGCUAUCCAUCUUUAAAGGUCCCGUAAAUAGCAGCGCUGCAGGGACAGGAGAAGGGGGGAUAAGGAGACGCCUAAUCAGAUAUCCCUGUCACUAUGGCAGCACCUGUCAAUCACUCUCCUCGGCGGCCCAUCUCCAGCUCUGUGUUGUGCAGUCGUGCGAUUCCCCCACCGGAGACGAUAAUCCCUCGGGGACAGAGGACGCGCUGACAGGAAAUGAAGGGCAGGGGAGUGAGGAACCACAGCAAAAACUCUGCUCGCUCGCCAGCUUGUGCCAGGGGGAAUGCAAGAUCUGGUUCAGAAUGUGGCCUUGCACAAAAACGCACAAAGGACUGUGAUAAUCUGUGGUCACCCAUGCUAGAACUUCAUCUCAAGCAAGAAAAGCCACAGAAACGCAUCAGCCUCAGCCUCUGAAAAGCACUGAGUGCCCACUGGAGCCUGUACCACCUGCCCGUGCCAGAGAGAGAGAGGAAGCAGAGGCCUGAGAGACUGUAGUGGAUUAUGCUGAUAGAGUCUCGAUCUUAGCGCCACUGUCUGUCCCCCCGCUUCUGACCUGGUCCUCCUGAGCUGAAGUCAACAUGGACGACCCGUACCAGAACAACAUGACCCAGCCGCAGGGCGAGGCCUACCCCAACUACGGCGAGGGCACGGGCCAGGCCGAUGGCUACGGCUACCAGGCGGACUACCCGCAACAGGACGAGGACGCGCGCAGCGAUGCCACCGAGGGCGCCGACGACGACGAGGCCAUGUACGAGGGCGAGUACCAGGGCGUGCCGCACCCGGACGAGAUCAAGGCGGCGCGGCGCGCGGCGAGGGCCGAGGCCCGGCGGAAGGCCAAGGAGGCGGAGCUGGAGGCCGAGGAGGAGCAGCUGCCCGAGCAGUACGAGACCAUCAUGGAGGAGUGCGGCCACGGGCGCUUCCAGUGGCAGCUCUUCACCGUGCUCGGCCUGGCGCUCAUGUCUGACGGCGUCGAGUGCUUCGUGGUAGGCUUCGUGCUGCCCAGCGCCGAGAAGGAUAUGUGCCUAUCCAACGCUGACAAGGGCAUGCUGGGUUUGCUAGUGUACGUUGGGAUGAUGAUUGGCGCUCUGGUGUGGGGAGGCCUGGCCGACAAGCUGGGCCGACGGCAGUGCCUGCUCUACGCACUGACCAUCAACUGCAUCUUCUCCUUCCUCUCCUCUUUCGCACAGGGAUACGGCUUCUUCCUCUUCUUCAGGCUCUGUGCCGGCAUUGGCAUCGGGGGAUCGGUCCCCAUCGUCUACACAUACUUCUCGGAGUUCCUGCAGAUGGACAAGCGUGGGGAGCACCUGAGCUGGCUCUGCAUGUUCUGGAUGUGUGGGGGGCUGUACGCCUCUUUUACAGCCUGGGGCAUCAUCCCACACUACGGCUGGGGGUUUAGCAUGGGCACAGAGUUCCAGUUCCACAGCUGGCGUGUGUUUGUGCUGGUCACCCUCCUGCCCUCUCUGGGAGCCCUUGCUGGCCUGUUCUUCAUGCCUGAGAGCCCACGCUACCUCCUGGAGAAUGCGCGUCAUGACGAGGCCUGGAUGAUCCUCAGAAACAUGCACGACGCCAACUGGAGAGCCAAGGGCGAGCCGGAGAGAGUCUUCACUGUGCAAACGAUCAAGACGCCCCAGACGCAGGACGAUGAGUUCAUUGAGAUCCAGAGCGACACCGGCACGGCCUUCCAGAGGUUCACCGUCAGGCAUGUGACCCUGGUCAAGCAGGUGAUAAAGAACAUUAUGUCCCUGGCGGCUCCUGAGCUGCGUCUGACCGGUCUGUUCUUGGCCAUCAUCUGGUUUACCUUGUCCUUCAGCUACACAGGCCUCUCGGUGUGGUUCCCUGACAUGGUGAAGAUGAUGCAGUUUGAGGAGUAUGAGUCCAAGACCAAAGUGUUCCACCGGGAGAAGGUGGAGAAGUUCCACUUCAACUUCACCCUGGCCAACCAGCUCCACAAGGAGGGGGAGUACAUCCACGACAGGUUUUCCAAUAUUGAGCUGAAAUCAGUUAAGUUUGAGGACUCCCUGUUUGAAAACUGUUAUUUCGAAGACAUCAGAUCUACUGCUACAUACUUUGAGAACUGCACAAUCAAGAACACUGUCUUCUAUAACACUGAUUUGUGGAAGGAAAAGUUUAUUGACUGCAGGAUGGAGAACAACACAUUCCUGCACCCAAAGAAAGGCUGCCACCUAAACUUCCAGGAGGAGAAUGAUAUCCUCAUCUACAUGGUCAGUUUCCUUGGUAGCCUGGCUGUGUUGCCUGGCAACAUCGUAUCAGCACUCUUCAUGGACAAGUUUGGGAGAAUCAAAGUCAUAGGUGCGUCCAUGCUGGCAUCGGCAGGCUGUUCGUUUUUCCUGUUUGUGUGUUUCAACCAGGGCUCGGUCAUCUUCUUCCAGUGCAUCUUCUUUGCGGUCAGUGUGGCCGCAUGGAACGCUGUCGAGGUCAUUACUGUUGAAAUCUUCCCAUCAGCAAAGAGGUGCACAGCGUUCGGGGUGCUGAGCGGCAUUGGCAAGUUCGCGGCCAUCAUCAGCAGUUUCAUCUUCGGGAAAUUUGUGUACAUCACGCGAAUCAUCCCCAUCAUCCUCUCCUUCUGCGCGCUGGUCUGCGGUGGUCUGCUGUCUCAGAAGCUUCCAGAAACUCGGGAGUACAUCCUUCAGUGAAACGCCAAAAAAAUUAAAAACUCCCCAACAUGAAGGCCUAGUUAUGACAAAGUACUGAAUGUCUGUGUGUGUGAGUGCAUGUGUGUGUGUGUGUGUGUGUGUGUGUGUGUGUGUGUGUGUGUGUGUGUGUGUCUGUGUGUGCACGUGUGUGUAUGUGAGUUCUGUUUCAGAAGAAGAAUGCACUGCGAUAUGUGUUAUGGUGCCCAAAACCACCAUCAGUGUCAUCAUUCAAAUGUGUGAUUUUAUGUACUGAAUGCAACAAAGGCUGACCAAGAUCUAAAGAAGUGCUUUGUGUCUUUUGGGCCUUUGAAAUUCAAAGGUGUGUUUGGGUUGGUAGCUCUCAGUAAAGGUCCGAGGUCAUUUUGAAGACAAGGAUCAUACUAUCGUUACUGUUGGGUAAGACAUGAGAAUCAAUAAGAAAGGCCAUGCCUAUCGUGGUAAAAGUUUACUCUUCUAUGAAACCACACUCUUGAUGUAGUUAGGAAACAGGCUAUUGGAACGGAGAACUGCAGACAUUUUAAAAUAGAUUAUAUAUAUUUACAGACCCGUGUAGCUUUCAUGAAGGUCACCCUCCAUUUCUGCCAUCUUCCUUUAACUUUCCCAGAAUGGAACACCACCUUCAUGUCAUGUGUCCCUUUUGACAGUGUAUGCCACUGAUGGAGGACACUUCUUUAUUUCUCUCUCUUUCUUUCUUUGUCAUUUGGUGGGACGCAAGAUCCCAUCACAACUCUGCAAGCCCAUGAAGCUUGUGUAUGUCUAUAAGUGUUCCAGUGGUUCUGCUUUUGUCUUGUAUUUGUUUAUUUGCCGUAGAUUAUUGUACCUCAUAGGAAGACAUUUAACUUUUAGCACAAAUAUUUCUGAUUUUGUAAAUGUGUCUCUUUUUUCUUUCUUUCUUUCUGUCUGUCUUUCUUUCUGUCUGUCUGACUGACUGUCUCUCUGGUCUUCAUUUUUGUUAAAUUCCCAUUUCUGUCUCAUGUAAAAUUCCAAACAAAACCCCAAAGUCAGUAUGUUCACACAGGAAUUUCGUUAUUUCAGUAUCCUGGAGCCGUUUUGGGGCAAACAUGUCUAGCAGGGUGUAGCUGGGGAUGGUUGUGUCUCUUGUUGUAAAUAGACCUGUGAAUCUUAGCUGUAGGCUAGCAAGCAGGUGAGAUGUUUUUUCUAUUAACACAGUUUCUCGACGCAACAUGCAGAAUCAGUCUCUGUCUCUCCAUCCCAAGCUCAUCAAGUGUUUAUACUACAAACACUGAGCCUGACAUGUAUGAAAAUAAUGUUUGACAAUCUGUCUUAUUUAAGCUUUACAUGAGCCAACAGCAACAGCAACUGUUCUUUUUCUCUUUGGCAUGUAAGUGGAGAUGUCUGGGACCUAGGUCUGUCUGUAGUCUGGCCUUAUCGUGGCAAGUAAUAUAUGAAGCAACGCGCUCAGACUUACUGACUUGCUGGUUUUAACUUAACUGGGUGCUGAAUCCCCCUUGUUGCCGAUUAUAACGUAUGAAAGAGAACUGAGAGUGCUGUCCUUGCUUAUCGUGGCAAGGCCAGCAGUUAUGUCCAGAGAAACUCUAUCCAAACAAGACUCAUACAUAGGUCACUCAGUUUAUUUGUGUUUUUUUUUUUUUUUGACCUGCUGUUCAUUUCUACACAAGUUAGGAAUUGUGUGUGUGUACCAAACGUAUGUUUUGAGACAUUAUUUAUUCUUUUUAUAUUUCUUCUUCAAAAUGAGGGUACAAGAGACAAGAACAAGCAACUUUUAUUUUUUUUUGUUUUGUUUUGUUUUGUUUUGUGAUGGUUAAAGAAUAAAAAAAAUCACUAUGUA